GCAGAACACAGAAACAGCUCCAACAUCACUUUAGGAUCAUAUUCAACUAGUGGGAUAUCAUGAAGUCAAAUUGGCACUUUAGUGGAUUUUUAAUCUUUAUUAUCAUCCAUCUCACUUAUGGCCAAUGCCCUAAAGAAUGCAGAUGCCUUAAAGCCGGGCAAGUAGAUUGUUCGGGAAGGGAUGUUGUAGAGAUACCACGUUCUAUUCCACAGAACAUUAGGUCCCUUCAGAUUAUAAAUACAGAAGUGACAGAGCUACAAGAUGGCGUUUUGGAAAACAUGGUAUUAUUACUGGCCCUGAGAAUUGAAAAAAGUGAACUGUCUAUCAUAGGACCCAAUGCAUUGGACAACCUCGCAUCCCUUCGUUUUCUCAGUUUGUUAAACAAUAAAUUGCAAGAUUUACCAUCUGGGUUGUUUAAAGACCUAGGGAAGCUGGAAACCCUUAUUCUCUCAAACAACAUGUUGGUUCAGAUUCAACCUUCACUAUUUGCUCCACUAGUAAAUGUAAAAGAGCUAACCUUAUUGGGGAACAAUCUCCGUUCUAUACCAAGGGGUGCCUUUGAUCACAUGAGUGCUCUCACUAAACUGAAUAUUGCCAAAAAUAAUCUCACUCGCCUGCAUCCUAGAACUCUGGAAAAAGUUACUAAGCUUCAGACUCUUCGCCUUUAUGAAAAUGAGCUCAAGGAAAUUCCAGAAGGACUUCUUAGUGCACUUACCAGUUUGCAAGAAAUUGGAAUACAAAACAAUCAGCUCAGUAAAAUAUCUGCUGGUGUAUUCUUGAAUAACCCUGAUUUACAAAAAGUGUACCUAUCCAAUAACAAGAUCAUGUCAUUGCCACGGGGUUUAUUCAUAAACACACCACAGCUGUCCAAACUUACAUUAUUUGAAAAUUCAAUACAACAUAUUGACACCGGAGUGUUUGGGCCAAUGCCAAAGUUAAAAGAACUGUGGUUGUAUGAAAAUAAAAUAGAAGAGCUGGCAGAUGAUACCUUCUUCAAUCUCACCCAACUUCAACUACUUAUUUUAUCCAGAAAUCAGAUCCAUACCAUCUCUCCAGCUGUUUUCAGUGGAUUAGAUGAGCUUCUGGAACUUUCGCUGCAUACCAAUGUCCUUACAACUUUACAUGAAGAUGUCCUGCAAAGUUUACACAAGCUAGAAAACAUAUCCCUUCACAGCAACAAAAUUGAACAUCUUCCUGCAGGUGUCUUUAGAAAUAUCGACACUCUGAAGACCAUACAGCUACAUAAUAAUUCAUUGCAGAGGCUCCCAGAGGGAAUUUUUGAUACCGUUGUGCAUUUAGAUGAAGUGAAACUUCACAGUAAUCCAUGGAAAUGUGACCUUCACCUUCUUCCUCUGAUGACCUGGAUAACUGAUAACCUAAACAAACUCGGGAACUACAGCCGGGUUGUGUGUUCUAAUCCACCCUUCACAGGUGUGCCUGUAGCUAGCCUAAGUGAGCAGCAAUUAGUAUCUUGGGAUUCUGCAACUACCCCAGAUGUGGAACAUUCCACAGCAGUGCUUGAAGAAAGCACUACUCAUGAGCCUGCCGAGUUCACUGAACCACCAAAUCAAGUUACAACAACUUUCACCUAUGUCACAACAACACAGCCAGAACUCUCUGAAGGUAGUCCCACAAUGCAAACAUUGGAUGAGGACUCAGACAAUGGCUCUGGUUUUGAACCGACCUACUCUCCACCUGACCGGGAAUAUCGUGGGAACAGGCUGGUCGGUGUCGUGAUUGCAAUAAUAGUUUUGUGUUGCACAGCCAUCGUUUGCACAGUUAUUGCUUGUAUAUUAUAUAACAGAAAAAAGAAGAAUCAUGUAGUACUCAUGAGAAUGAAGCAACAAAAUGAAGCAUGAUGAUGUAAAACUUAAAAUUACUGAAAGAAAACCUUCACAAAGGGAGGUGGGAACUAGGAGAAGCACUGUUAUAAGACUGCUUCAGUCUCUGACUUUACCUGAAUGUACUUUUAUCUAAAUGUCUGUCAACCAGUUUUGCAAAUGUAUGAUUGAUACAACACCUAACUACUAUGUAUAUUUAGUAACAAAUAUUCUCGUUUAAAGAAAUGAUCUAUGCCCUUCCUGCAAAAAGUAUUAUAUAUGUUAGAAGCCUUUGAAAAAGUGUUAUUAUCAUGGCAAAAUAUUUAUCCAAACCCAGUUUAUUGUAUGAUGACUGUUUGAUAAUGUCACAGA